AUGUCUCUAUCUCUAUCAGAGGCGCUGUAAGCAGGGGUCGACAAUGCAGAUAUUGUAGAUAAGAAUAAGUUGAAUCAGCUUUUUAAUAUCAAUUACUAAGGAGAUUUGUAAGAUUCAAUUUAAGUCUUUAGAUAUUCUGGAUAUCUAAAAGCAGAUGCACAAGGAACAACUUAAUUUUAUUAUUUAUUUUACCCAGCUGCAAAUGAUUCACUAAAGAAACCAAUAAUAUUAUGGUUAAAUGGAGGGCCUGGGUGUUCAUCCAUUUAGGGUGCCUUUAAUGAGAACGGUCCUUUUGUAUUUAAAGCAGGUACAUCCGAGUUUGAGCUAAACAAGUAUUCAUGGACAAAUUUUGCUAAUAUGAUAUAUCUUGAAUCACCAAUAUCUGUUGGUUUUUCCUAUGGCCCUUAAGUGUAGUAGUCUGAUGAAUCAACUGCUAAAUAUAACCUCCAAGCAUUGAUCGACUUUUUUAAUAAGUUUCCAGAGUAUAAAACAUCGCCAUUAUUUCUUGCGGGAGAAUCCUUUGGUGGAGUAUAUGUGCCAACUCUAACAAUAGAAAUUAUAGAUUAUAAUUCUAAAUAAAGCGCAGAAGGUAGAAUUAAUUUGUAAGGAUUGGCUAUUGGCAAUGGAUGCACAGAUCCAACUGAAUGUACACAUGCAGCUUGGUAAUUCUAAGUUCAUGUUUUUCACUAAGUUGGAAGACACAAUUUUAUAAGUGAAGAAUUGUAUGAAAAAGUAAGAAGUGUGGAAAAAUAAUGUGUUGAAGUCAAAACUGAUAUUUGUAGAUAAAUAUCACAAGAAGUCGAAGAGCAAAUAACAGGAAAGGAUUAACAAGUCAAAGCUAACCAAUACAAUAUUUAUGGACCAUGUUACACCUAUACUCCUGAGGGAAGUAAAAGGGCAUCAAAAUCUCAUGGCUUGAUGUCAUAUACUGAGGAUGCAGAUAUUCCUGCAUGUGCUGAUAUUUAAGGAUUAUAUCAUCAUUUAAGGUCGAAUUAAGUUCGAGAUUUAUUACACAUUAAAGCUGAGUCAGCAGAAUGGGAAGUUUGCUCAAAGAAAUUCGUUGAUUAUCAAGAAAAUCCAAAAGGGUCUUAUUAUUUAUAUGAAGAAAUUCUUAAACAUUAAAUUAAAGUCUUGAUAUAUAGUGGCGACGUGGAUGGAGUAGUUCCUGUUACCGGAACUAUGUAUUGGCUUAAUAAAUUGCAGAAAGAAUUAUCCUUGUUAACUUUAAACCCUUGGAGGCCUUGGUUUGUACCAGGAAAGAGAGAUGUUGAUGGAAAUUAAAAUGCUGGGUACGUAGUAGAUUUGGAUGGUUUAACAUUUAUGACGAUUAGAAAUGCAGGUCACAUGGUACCUCUAGAUAAAAGAGAAGAAGCAGAAGUUUUUAUGGCUAAGUUUGUAAAGCAUGAAUUAUUUCCAUGAAUUGAUCGAAUUUAUAAGUUGUAGCUUUAAAAAUUAACAUUAA